AUGGCGACCACAGAUCCCUGUGCCAGCAGCCCUUGUCUCCAUGGCAACUGUAGCAGCAGCAGCGGCGGCGGCGGCGAUGGCUACCUCUGCCUUUGUGACGAGGGCUACGAAGGCCUCCACUGUGGUCAGGCGCUGCCCAGCAUCCCAGCCUCUGGAUGGACAGAGUCCAUGUCACCCAGACAGCUUCAGCCUGUUCCCGCCACCCAGGAGCCCGACGUCAUCCUGCCCCGCUCCCAGGCAACGGUGACACUGCCAACUUGGCAGCCCAAAACGGGGCAGAAAGUUGUAGAAAUGAGAUGGGAUCAAGUGGAGGUGAUUCCAGAUGUUGCCUGUGGAAAUGCCAGCUCUAACAGCUCUGCUGGCGGCCGCCUGGUAUCUUUUGAAGUCCCACAGAACACCUCAGUAAAAAUCCGGCAGGACGCCACGGCCUCGCUGAUUUUGCUGUGGAAGGUCACGGCCUCAGGCUUCCGGCAGUGCUCCCUCAUAGAUGGGCGAAGCGUGACCCCCCUGCAGGCCCCUGGGGGCCUGGUGCUGUUGGAGGAGAUGCUGGCCUUGGGGCACAACCACUUCAUUGGGUUUGUGAAUGAUUCCGUGACGAAGUCUAUCGUUGCCUUGCGCUUGACUCUGGUGGUGAAGGCCAGCACGUGCGCGCCAGGGGACAGCCGCCCGAAUGACGUAGAGUGCUCGGGAAAGGGAAAAUGCGCCACAAAGCCAUCGGAGGCAACAUUCUCCUGCACCUGUGAGGACCAGUACGUGGGAACUUUCUGUGAAGAAUUUGACGCUUGCCAGAAGAAACCUUGCCAGAACCAGGCCAGCUGUCUCGAUGCAGUUGAAAAGCAGGACGGGAGCAAUUUCACUUGCAUUUGCCUUCCCGGUUACACCGGAGAGCUUUGCCAAUCCAAGAUUGAUUACUGUGUCCUAGAUCCCUGCCGAAAUGGAGCAAAGUGCACCUCUAAUCUCAGUGGAUUCUCCUGCGAGUGUCCCGAAGGCUACUUCGGCUCUGCCUGUGAAGAAAAGGUGGAUCCCUGUGGCUCGUCGCCAUGCCAGAACAAUGGCACCUGCUACCUGGAUGGGGUGCGCUUCACCUGCAGCUGCAGCCCCGGCUUCACCGGGCCGACCUGCGCCCAGCUGGUGGACUUCUGCGCCCUCAGCCCUUGCGCCCAUGGCACGUGCCGCAGCGUGGGCACCAGCUACAAGUGUCUCUGCGACCCAGGUUACCACGGCCUCUACUGCGAGGAGGAAUACAACGAGUGUCUGUCUGCGCCCUGCCUGAACGCUGCCACCUGCAGGGACCUGGUUAAUGGCUAUGAGUGCGUGUGCCUGGCGGAAUACAAAGGGCUGCAUUGUGAGCUGUUCAAGGACCCCUGUGCCAAUGUCAGCUGUCUGAACGGAGGCACCUGUGACAGCGAAGGCCUGAACGGCACGUGCGUCUGUGCACCGGGGUUUACAGGGGAAGAGUGUGACAUCGACAUCAAUGAAUGCGACAGUAACCCGUGCCAUCAUGCUGGAACCUGCUUGGACCAGCCCAACGGCUACACCUGCCACUGUCCUCACGGCUGGGUGGGUGCAAACUGUGAAAUCCACCUGCAGUGGAAGUCGGGGCACAUGGCCGAGAGCCUCAGCAACAUGCCCCGCCACUCGCUGUACGUCAUCAUCGGCGCGCUCUGCGUGGCCUUCGUGCUCAUGCUCAUCAUCCUCAUCGUCGGCAUCUGCCGCAUCAGCCGCAUCGAGUACCAGGGCUCCUCGCGGCCGGCCUACGAGGACUUCUACAACUGCCGCAGCAUCGACGGCGAGUUCAGCCACGCCAUCGCCUCCAUCCGGCACGCCAGGUUUGGAAAGAAGUCCCGGCCCGCGAUGUAUGACGUGACUCCCAUCGCCUACGAGGAUUACAGCCCCGACGACAAGCCCCUGGUCACGCUGAUUAAAACAAAAGAUUUGUAAUCUUUCUUCUUCUUCCUCCUCCUCUUUUUUUUUUUUUUUUUUGGAUUAUUUUUCCAAAACAGAUGGGAUACGACGAUCAUUUAAAAAUAUUUUUAAGAAAAUUUAAAAGCUUAAGAAAUUUAAAACGUUAGCUGCUCCAAGAGUUUUCAUUAGACUAUUGAAGAACUAAUUUUCUGCAGCCCUUAGUUUGAAAAGGUAUUUUAACAACAGAUAAUUUGUGACGCCUCUAGACCACGUUUUAAUGUACAUCUUAGCUGUCUUACACCAUACGCUCCUACUAGUGUGUGCUAUUUUCAUGGUAGACCGCACCAUGAAGCCAGAUUAACCCAUGUGGUGGUUGCAGGACAAGUCUAAUCAAGGAGAAGUUUCCUUUCGCUGUGUGAGUGCUGGCUUUUCUGAGUAGAGUUAGGAGAACCUGUAGAGUAUGAUGCAUAAUACCAUAUACCCGUUCCUUCAAAAGAAGUCUGAAAUGUUUGUUUUGUGAAAAAAGAAGCUAGUUUCAAUUUAUUAUUCCUAACCCGAAUGGAAUUAGCCUUUGCUUUAUUCUGUGCAUGGGUAAAAGUAACUUCUUUCUGCACUGUUUGGUUGAACUCUGCAGAAACAUUUCUUUUGAUACAGUUUGUUUUUGUCAAUUUCGUAACAGUUGUUGAACUUGGCCUUGAAAAUAUAGAUAACAAAAGGGCCUAUUGAGGUGUAUUAUGACUGAUUUCAAUCUGUAGGGGUUUUUUUGUUUUCUGUUUUUUUUUCUUGUUUUGUUUUUAGCAGUCAAGGUUUUUAUAUUGUGAGUGAAUUAAAUUUGCGUUCAAGUUCUUUGUUGGUAAAGGUAGUUAACGUAAGAGAGUACCGGUUUUCUUCAGUAGUAUUUCUCAUAGUGCAUCUUUAUUUAUAUUCAAGACAUUUCUUUUUGUGGCUGUAUUUGAUUGAUACGUGCUUUCUUCUGAUUCUUGCUAAUUUCAAAGAAUAUUGAAUAAAUGUUAGCAAGUCAA